GAAUCCUCAGGGAGGUGUUGACUCGGUCCUUGACGUCAUGUAUGAGCUGAACCAGCGGGGGGGCAAUUUUCAUGAGUCAUGUGCCCGCACGAUCAUCGGCAGCAUUGUACUCAUGAAGUACAACAACAAAACUUACACCAUAGAUGAUAUCGAGUGGAACGAAAAUCCCAGCAGUACUUUUCCUGAGAGAGAUGGUACAGCCAUAACAUACAACGAAUUCUAUAAAACGCAUUAUGACCUUACAAUACAUGAUGCAAGACAACCCUUGUUGAUCUCAAGGGCCAGUAAAAAAGAUAGAAAAGCGGGAAGGACAAGGAAGGGCGGGCCCUACAAACUGAUACCGGAGCUUUGCACUAUGACAGGUCAAAAUGCAAGCAGCGCCCCCGCCGGAUAGAUUGAGCCCAUGAGCGAGAGCGCCAUCGGUCGCCGUGCCUCAUCUGCCGUAAAGUGCUUACGAAUGUAGGCCUAUACACGAUUGCUUGAUACGAGAAGUGAACAAUAGCUGCACGUGUGACCAAUUGUCCGAGACCGGGCCGCGAAAUUUUUUCCUGAACCUUUCGGGCAGUACAGCCUACAUUUGUACAUCUUCUUCGUUUUUCUUCUUUAUUAAUUUUUUUCUUAUUAUUAUAUGUCUCAAUCAUUAUAUGUCUCAAUUAUAAAUCAAAAAUCAUCAAUCAA